GAUCAGAGACAGAGGAAAAGAGAAGAAUAAAGUGCGGACAAAAUGACGUGCAGCCGCAAAUAACCGACAUUUACACCGCAAAGAGCCGAGAGCUUGUUCACACACCCGGGAAACAUCUAACACGCUUUACACGUUUAACGCAUACAACAAACCCAACACAUGUUUUGUGUUGUUAUUGUGUUUGGUUUGUUUUUUUGGAAAUAGACCAAGUCCAAAUUUUUGCGCUUUAUUUAGUGAUUUCUCCGAGUUUCUUUUCUGGAGAUUGAGUCUGUUUUUGGUUCAUAUUUGUGGGUUUUAUUUGGUGAGAUAAUGGAGUUCAGUCCGUGUCCAAAGCCACAGCUUUCCUCCAGAGCCAACGCAUUCUCCAUCGCGGCCCUCAUCUCCACCAGCACUGCUAAAGACAAGGAGAGUGAGGAGAACACCAUCAAACCUCUGGAGCAGUUCGUGGAGAAGUCUCGGUGUGUGGACCGCGGCGCUGUGGGUGGAGGUGUGGAGGUGGAGGCGGAGGUGGAGGUGAGCACAGAACCUCUGAUCCCCUGCAGUCCCGCGGUACCGAGUGAACACAUGGCCAACAUCAGCUGCAGCCUCGAGACCAAAGACCUUUGGGACAAAUUCCACGAGCUCGGAACCGAGAUGAUCAUCACUAAGUCGGGCAGGAGGAUGUUUCCCACUAUCCGUGUCUCGUUCUCGGGAGUGGACUCUGACUCUAAGUACAUCGUGCUGAUGGACAUCGUUCCUGUGGACAAUAAGAGAUAUCGUUACGCUUAUCACCGCUCCUCAUGGCUUGUGGCCGGGAAAGCUGAUCCUCCUUUACCUGCCAGGCUGUACGUCCAUCCUGAUUCACCAUUUACUGGAGAGCAGCUGCUCAAACAGAUGGUGUCCUUUGAGAAAGUGAAGCUCACCAACAACGAGCUGGAUCAACACGGACAUAUCAUCCUGAACUCAAUGCAUAAAUAUCAGCCUCGUGUUCACAUCAUUAAGAAGAAGGAGCACACAGCGUCGCUGCUCAACCUUAAAUCUGAAGAGUUCCGUACCUUCAUCUUCACGGAGACCGUGUUCACUGCUGUCACCGCGUACCAGAACCAACUGAUCACUAAGCUGAAAAUCGACAGCAACCCGUUCGCUAAAGGCUUCAGAGACUCAUCCAGACUCACAGACAUUGAGAGGGAAAGUGUGGAGAGUUUGAUCCAUAAACACUCGUACGCUCGCUCACCCAUACGGACGUAUGCUGGAGAGGAGGAGACGCUUGGAGAGGACACACACACCACACACACCCGGGGCUCUGCCUUCACAGCAUCUGAUAGUCUCUCCUUGAGCUCGUGGGUUUCAGGCUCCUCUGGUUUUUCAGGGUUCCAGCCCCCUCAGUCCCUGGCUCACUCAAUCCAGGGCUCUUUGCCCCCUUAUAGCAGACUGGCAGUGCCCCUGGCCCCCCCAGCUCUGACAGGCACCAGUGGGCCGAGUUUUCCGUCUUUCCACAUGCCACGUUACCAUCAUUACUUCCAACAGGGUCCAUAUGCUGCCAUCCAGAGCCUGCGCCACUCCUCUGCUGUCAUGACACCGUUUGUCUGAGUGCCACUUUCUAUGGGGCAGAAAACACACACACACACACUUGCGCUCACAGUCUGCAUGUUGUAACUCCUUAUCUGCUUUAUUUCAAAGGAGGAAACCUUAAAGUGGGUGCAGAGAACAUUUAAACACACACACACACACACACACUUUCAAGAUGUUUUCUUUAUCUUCUUCACGUGUGGAAGAAGCCACUUUCCUGUAAAUAACAUGUUAAUUACCUUAAAGACUCACUGCUGAGAAACAGACAGAAGGCAGAGAUCUGGCCACGUGAGGGAUCUGUGUGCACGUUUCACUUUUUAUCUUUAAAGGAGAAGCAGUAAAAUAACGUGACCUCUUUACUGAAGAACGACACAGAGAUUCUGCUGGAGAGAACAAUGAAGUAAAUAAAAUAAAACAAGUUGCAGAAUGACUCAGCUCUGCAUGUGUCUCAGGCAUGAUGAAGACCUGGGACUCUGCUAUAGAGACUGUUGGAUUGAUUGGAACACAGCCCAACAACCUGUGUUAGACUUUAAAGCAGACGUGUCUCAGGCACAGUUUUGUCUGAACUCUUUGCUGUGUACAACUGUCAUAUGAUUAUAUGAACACCAUCACAAUUUUGUGUCCUAACCUCAUUCUCUAACUCGGGCUCAGUACUGUGUCCUCAGGAGCUCUAUAGUGUUGUGUGGGAUUAGAUUUGUGAAGAGAGCCUUUGUGUAAAAUCAAUCAACACAGUGAAGGGACUUGGGGCAGUUUGUACAUGCUCACUUCUGGAACACAGCUGGAACACAGCUGGAACACAGCCCUGGGUGAAGUGAGCAAGUCUGCAAUAGAGAGUGUUUAUGAUUUGAAGACAGUGUGUUGUUUAACCCCAUAUUCCCUUUAGAGGGCGCUGUGUGUCUGACAUCAGUUUAGAAAUUAUUCUGACAUUUUUGCCUGGAAGAAGAAGGUUUUUUUUUGAGACAUUUUAUAUUUUCUUUUAAUGUCACAUUCAGAUUCAGACGCAGCCUCAAUGGGGCCGAGACGUUUAUUAAUUAAGAUUACAUCCAAAUUCUGGAUCACGCAGCAUUCUUAAUUUAUUUAAAGAGAAAUCCAAGAUACAACUGGCAAAAGAGAAGAAAUAAAGGAGAACGGUGUCACUGUU